CAACGGCCGCGCGAGUCCUUGGGCAGCAGUCGACGCGGCCGCCAUGUUGAACAAGAAGGCAAUGGUGUUGUAUUGUGGGGGCGCCUCUAGUAUCGCCCCGGCCUCUCCGCCGGCUGGAGGCGGCGAGGUCGGAAUCAGCGGCGGCGGCGGCUCCGCCCACCGCUUGGCCGCCGACGCGGCUCCGCCGACGGGCCCGUUCUUCUGGGCCGCCAACGGCUUCCCUGAGGGGCGCCGCGCGGGGCCCUUGGCGCUCCUGAGGCCCCUAGAGGGGGCGCCCUGCUCGCGCCCCGCGCAGCCGCAGACGCGCCCCGGCGCCCUCGCGCUGCCGGAGGGGGAGCUGGACGGCUGCGAGCCGGACGCCGACAGCCUGGUGGUGCCGUCGCCCACCCUCUCGCAGGGCGGCGAGGCCGCGGCGGACGAGCCCGACGGCGGCGGCGGCGGCCUCCUCCUGCACCACCGCCACCCCAACCCCAACCCCCGGCGGCUCGGAGGCGACGACCUGCGCAAAGCCACGCUGGAGCUGGUGGGCCGCUACCUGCGCGAGGUGGCCGACCAGGGCGCCAAGGAGGACGGGGGCUGCGCCGGCAAGUUCCUGCAAGGCCUCAUGGGCCGCUUCGGGACCACCCAGGGCGGCGGCGGAGGAGGAGGAGAAGAGCAGCGCGCGGCCCAGGCGCUGGAGACGCUGCGCAGGGUGGGCGGCGGCAUCCUCGACAAGCACCAGAUGGCCUUCCAAGGAAUGCUUUCAAAGAUGGAAAUCAAGAAAGAGGAUGACCUGAAGACUAUGUCAGAAGUUGCAUCACAAGUUUUCAGCGACGGCGAAACAAACUGGGGGCGAAUUGUGACGCUCAUCUCUUUCGGUGGCUAUGUUGCCAAACAUCUGAAAGACAUAAACCAGGAGAGUGGCAUCAACACUUUGACAGACAUCAUCACUGAUGUGCUGGUGAUAGACAAACGAGAAUGGCUAGUCAACCAAAAUGCCUGGGAGGGGUUUGUUAAAUUCUUCCAUGUAGAGGACAUAGAAGGCAGCAUCAGAAACGUUCUGAUGACUUUUGCAGGCGUUGCUGGAAUAGGAGCAAGUUUGGCAUACAUGAUCCGGUGAGCCAAAGAGUGCUCCCAAGGUGGAGCUAGCUUGGACUAUCCUGUUCCUGCUGUGACUAGAAAACUGAGCUGUUCUUUGAAAGUUGACGGGAGAAUAAACACCUGGAAAUCCCAUGGAAGGUUUGGUUUGAACUGUCAGUUAUAAAAGGUUGCCAACGAGGAAGUCUUUGCAAAUGGGCGUAGAUCUUUCAAGUGAAGAAACGUGCAUUCUGCUUCCCCCAAGAAGCAACGUGAUGAGAAGCUAAGAGGACUGAACGCCCCCCGUGUAGUGCAGUUUUGGUCACGGACUAACCUGCACCUGCAUCGGGCUUGGUAUAAGAACUGUUCAUAUAAAUUAGGUAGCGUUCCAUUUGCACAGGGCUGUGAUCAUAAGCCAAAUGGUGUCUAAACUACCAACUUCUGAGGAGUAGUGUUAGGUCUGAAGUACAAGAUGCUCUGUGCGGCGUGCAAAAUAAGGACCUCCAGGGGAACACUGAAAAUGCCUUUAAUGUAGUUGGCACAAGUGUGUGAUGUGUCUGCUGUGGAGAGAGAGAGAGAGAAGGCCUGGUGAUCUCCAGAAUCUGACCAUCUCAUUAUAUCCUCAAAAAGGGCUGUCCCUGUUGUAUGUACCCCUUUCAUUUUUGUUUUGUUUUGUCCUCUUCUACCCUUCCCUUGGAAGCGUACACUGCCAUAGCUCCCAAGAUCACCUACAGCUACAUAAAACAUGGACCGCGGUCUGUAAAUAUGUAUAAAGACUCAAGGGCAAGUCAGUUGACAUAAUGUAAUGUAAAUACAUGGCUGGAACUGUACAAAGUGUACACUCUUAAAGAGCUUUAUCUUUGGGAAAGGUUGUAAAGAGGUUUUUUUUAAAGAAAUACGAUUAAAUUCAGGUUUUGCAAUUCAUGAUUCUUUUGCCCCCUUUAAAAGACACAUACUCCGGGCCUUUCAGAAAGUUCUCUUACUUAUUCAAGUUGCAGCUUGUUUCCGUGAACUGAUUUCAUUGUAUUGACCACCUACCUGACUACAUUGAAAUACCUUUAUUCUUUUCUUUUUUAAUUAAAAAAAUGCUUUUCCUUCCCCUGCGUGGGGAAGGAGAAGCAUUUUGGAUUAAGCUUUUUUUUAAAAAAAAAUCUUUAUGCUUUAUUUGAUUCUUGCUUUCUUUCGAGUCAGUUUUUAAAGCUAAACCUGCAAAUGAAUGACAAACUUGUCUUUAAGAAUAAAAGGACUCCAGUGAGUUAGCAAUGUUAGACAUUAAGACACAUGCACAAAAUGAAUCUGAAUCCUUGAGAGAGAGAGAGAGAGAGAGAGAGAGAAUGUGAGGCAGUCUUGUAGAUGUGGGUUCCUUGAACUCUCUUAAGCAAAAUGGCUUCAGUUAUAGGGGCAAGAGUUUUAAAUUGUUUUGCAGUUGGGCUAGAUUGCAUUUAGUCUUCACUGUGCUGUUAGCUUUGUUUAGACCAAAUUAUGGCAGAUGUGCAAAUCUGAAGCAAAGCGUGGGCGCAACAUGGUGCUACGGUCAAACCAGCUUGUUUACAUAAACUAUCUAAUAAAACGAUUCACAGGU